CGCUGGCACCGACCCCGCCGCAGCUCUGUCGCCUCCAGCAUCACUACCAAACCCUGCUCUAUUUAUUUCACUCGAGACUUAUUUAUUAUUACACUUGAACUCGUGUUUUGAUCAGUGUUUUUGAGUCACAUCCUGUUGUUUUGUGUUUUUGUUAUUAAAUUAGCCGGUUUCAUUCAUUUUCUUGUUAUCUUGAAUAUAACCUCAAUAUUCUCAAGGACCCGUUUGUUUUUUGUGAAGAAAUCGUCGGGACACACUCCAGUUUCUUUUUUGAACCCAAAAGGAUUUUAAAGACAUCCUGGUGCAUCUUUAAAGCUUUAAAAUGCCCACUGAAAAACAGCCUGUUGCUAAGACCGAGAUGAAGUUUCUGAACACGCCUCGAGAAGACGACAGCAGCAGCACCAACAGCAACGACUUCCCUUACCCGGAGUUUGUGAAGAAGGUGCCGCUGGACGGCCAAUACCCCGAUUUAGAUGCAGAAAGUCAAAACUUCCUCCCUGAACAUAAGCCGGGCAAGAAGAAGUAUGAGACUGAAUAUCACCAGGGCAAUGCCUCCUUCGGCAUGUCCGUCUUCAACCUCGGAAAUGCCAUCAUGGGCAGCGGCAUCCUGGGCCUGUCCUACGCCAUGGCCAACACCGGCAUCGCUCUGUUUGUGAUCCUCCUGGUGGCCGUGGCCAUCUUCUCCCUGUACUCUGUCCACCUGCUGCUGAAGACGGCCAACGAAGGAGGUGCGCUGGUUUACGAACAGCUGGGGUACAAAGCCUUCGGGAUCCCCGGCAAGCUGGCGGCGUCCAUCUCCAUCACCAUGCAGAACAUCGGAGCCAUGUCUAGCUACCUCUACAUCGUCAAGUACGAGCUGCCCAUCGUCAUCCAUUCCUUCACCGGAGCCAACAACGGGGAGUGGUACAUCAACGGAGACUACCUGGUGAUCAUAGUGUCGGUGCUCAUCAUCCUGCCGCUGUCGCUGCUCCGGAACCUGGGUUACCUGGGCUACACCAGCGGCCUGUCCCUGCUGUGCAUGGUCUUCUUCCUGAUCGUGGUCAUCAUCAAGAAGUUCCAGAUGCCGUGCCCUCUGCCCGUGGAAGAGGCCCUGAACGAGACCAUGAAGAUGCUGAACGGCUCGUCGUACAGCCUCAACGCCACGGCCGUGGACUACAGCGACGACACCUGCCGGCCCAAGUACUUCGUCUACAACUCUCAGACUGUGUACGCCCUUCCCAUCCUGACCUUUGCCUUCGUGUGCCACCCCGCCAUCCUGCCCAUGUACGAGGAGCUCAAAGACCGCUCCCGCAGGAAGAUGCAGGGAGUCGCCAACGUGUCCUUCCUGGCCAUGUUCAUCAUGUACCUGCUGGCCGCCCUCUUCGGAUACCUCACCUUCAACAUUCACGUGGAGCCCGAGCUGCUGCACACCUACUCCAAGUAUUACAAGCACGACGUCCUGCUGCUGAUCGUGCGUCUGGCUGUGCUGACGGCCGUCACGCUCACCGUCCCCGUGGUCCUCUUCCCCAUCCGCACCUCCGUCAACCAGCUGCUCUGCGCCUCCAAGGAGUUCAGCUGGAUCCGCCACACCAUCAUCACCAUGGUGCUGCUGGGCAGCACCAACACCCUGGUCAUCUUCGUCCCCACCAUCAGAGACAUCUUCGGCUUCAUCGGUGCCUCUGCUGCUGCCAUGCUCAUCUUCAUCCUGCCGUCAGCCUUCUACAUCAAGCUGGUCAAGAAGGAGUCCAUGAAGUCUGUGCAGAAGAUCGGGGCCGUCGCCUUCCUGAUAUGCGGCUUCGUGGUCAUGUGCGGCAGCAUGACCCUCAUCAUCCUGGACUGGAUCCACAACGCCACCAACGCCGGCAACGCCGACAAGGCCGACGGACACUAGGACCACGGCCGUCCUGCUGGCGGAGGGCGGGCUCCCGGGGGCGCCGAGCAACGAGACGCAUUUAAAAAAACAAAACAAAACAGCGGUGAACUCAGCCGGCGCUCGCCUGGACUCUCCCGAGCAGCAGACCCCGCCAUUCCUCGAGAAUGUAUCUGAACUCUGUACAGUAUGCUGUUCUAGACCACCAAGAUGGUGUUUUACGUUCUUCUUUUUUUACGAUAACAUUUUUUUUUUUUUUUUAUUGCUGUUUUUUUUGCUUUUUACUCCUUUUUUAUGUUCUGGUUUCCUAAUAGUUAUGGUACAGCUAAGAUCAAAGACGCGGGCGUGCCUCGGCACGGCCCCGCGCGCUGGUGCGCCGUCGGCUCGCCGCCUCCGAGCCGCUCGGGAAAAGUACGUGAAGCCCCCGAAGACUUGAGGAGAGGCUGCAUGACUUGAACGCUCCUCCCGCUCACGGACAGUUCACUUCCUUCCAAACCUUUUAGUUUGUUUU